AACAUUUCCAUAGCUGCUGGUCCGAGCGCCUCUCGCAGGUUUUAGUGAUUUAGUCUGGAGCUGCACGUGGUGGCUGGUGAUAAUACGAGCUAGACCACUCACCCUGAGGAGUGAGGCAGGAUAACGAUGUUAUUAUGCGGUUCAUAAACAAUGCAGUUCAUUAUGUCGGGAAUAUAUUUGCUUAAAACAUCAGUUUUGUCCUUCAUCGCCAUAUAUCCCACCGAAACCACUCUCACUGCCUCCUUUUCCUAAUCACUCCCCGUUCCGGUGAACGCAUGCGACCCCCGGCUUGACCGAUGAGCAACGCACAAUAACACCCCCUCUGAUAACUUCUAUCACGACUUCAAGAUAUGUUCGGUGGCACGGUGGGCGGAAAUACCGGGAAUCCCCGUCCCCGUGGAUCCCUAUCGCGCUCUUCACACUCUCGAUCCCCCGACCCAACCCGGAAACAGCAGUCUCCACCACCGACACAGAGCGACCUGGGGAGGAUGGUCGGUGACGAUGGAAACGAGAGAAGAAACAGCAGAGCCAGCCCGAUUUCGGACCGGAACCCCGAAUCCCGGCGCAAUCCUACAACAAGACAGAUCAAGGAGAAGCAGCGGCUAAUACGAACUCUUCCUCCAUGGGUCCACACCCCCGACGACGACGACAUCUUCUCCGAACCCACCGACCGCCUCCUCCCUAAGAUCCCGCACAACGCCCUCGCCGCCUCCCACAACCACACUCCCACCCCCAAAGCCAACGCCGUCCCCGGCCGGCAAUAUGACCACGAGCGCGAGCGCGUCACGGUGGCGCCGAGGCAGCCGGUGAGCGAGAGCGCGUUGCGGUGGAAGCGCUUCGUGCGGGCGUCCGCGCCGCACCAUCGGGGGGUCUCCUGGGACGACUCGGAGGUGGUGGAUGCGGAGUGGAUGGAGGAGAACUUUCCGGACUUGGAGCAGCCGUGGAAUCCGGAGAAGGAAGAGAGUGAGGAGGAGAAGGAUCCGCGGUACUGGUUGUUCAGUCCAAAUAAGCGGAAGCAGCGGAUGUCGGAUAUACAGCGAGUCUUCAUGCGCAACCCCAUCAUUCCCCUUAUCAUCCGCCUCACCGUCCUCACCUUCUCCACCCUCGCUCUCGGCCUCGCAGGUUCCAUCUACCAACUUGCCUCCACCACCGGCUGCGAGAAAGGCUCCUCCACCUGGCUCGCGCUUAUCCUCGACGCCUGCGCCAUCGUCUACACCGUCGGGAUUACCUACGACGAGUACAGCAGCAAGCCGCUCGGGCUGCGGUCGCACCGGGCGAAGAUGCGGCUGCUGUUUCUGGAUCUGUUUUUCAUUGUGUUCGAUUCGGCGAAUAUUAGUCUGGCGUUCGCGGCGCUGACGGAUCGCCAGUGGGCGUGUAAGGAGGGGAUGAGGGGGGAUCUGAGCUCGUUGAGGUGUCCAUCGAAUGGGCAGAUCUGCGCGAGGCAGAAGGCGUUGACGGCGGUGUUGCUGGUGGCGCUGGUGGCUUGGUUAUCGACGUUUGCGAUUAGCACGUUAAGGGUACUUGAUCGGGUUGUAGAUAGAUAAUAUCAAAUUUACUGUAUAAUGAUGAUGCCUUGCUAUCCCUUGCUACCGAA